AUGGCGGAAAGUUCAAGGUGGAACAAGGUUACAAGUAGGGUGCUCUCCUUCUCUUCUAUGUCGUCUCGUCGCUCGCUCCUCUCACUCUCAGUCUCUCAGCCGCCUCCGCCUCCGCGCCUCUCUCCUCUCAAUAUCACGCAGCCUCUCCGCUCCAUCUCAGCUAACUCUCUUUCUCAUCUCAUCUCAAUAUCAGGAAAAACAAGGAGGCUCCUUCAAAGUGAAAUUGGUGGUGGAUUGCAAUCAAAUCUUGAGAAGAGAAGAAAGAAUUGAAAAUGAUGAUUCAACAGGUGCAAUGUUCAUCAUGUUGGUCAAUAGUCCCAAUUGAUAUUCCAAAAGGCCAGAUUAUGUCUGCAGCAGCAGGAGGAGCAUCAUCAUCAAAACCCUUGAAUGUGCAAUCAAGGUCUAGGAGGUUACGAUGUGAGGCGGUGGUGGGGGGCCUGCACACGGGGAGAGACCCAAAUGUGAAGAAGGCCGACUGGUUAAGGCAGAAAGCCCCACAAGGAAACAAGUAUGAGGAGGUCAAGGAGUCAUUGUCCCGUUUGAAUCUGAAGACGGUGUGCGAGGAGGCCCAAUGCCCAAACAUCGGGGAGUGUUGGAAUGGAGGUGGGGAUGGCAUUUCCACUGCCACUAUCAUGCUUCUUGGGGACACCUGCACCCGUGGCUGUCGUUUCUGUGCCGUCAAGACCAGCCGAACCCCUCCACCUCCUGAUCCCAUGGAACCUCUCAACACUGCUAACGCCAUUGUCAGCUGGGGUGUCGAUUAUAUUGUUUUAACCAGCGUCGAUCGUGAUGACCUGCCUGAUGGUGGAAGUCGACAUUUUGCUCUGACCGUCCAAGCCCUCAAGACUCUCAAACCUGACAUCAUGGUUGAAUGUUUAACUUCUGACUUUCGUGGUGACUUGACGGCUGUAGACACUCUGCUCUACUCCGGGCUUGAUGUCUUUGCUCACAACAUUGAGACCGUCAAACGCCUCCAGCGAAUUGUCAGAGACCCUCGGGCGGGGUAUGAGCAGAGCUUAUCUGUUCUAAAGCAUGCAAAAGAGAGCAAGAAGGGGAUGAUAACAAAAACUUCUAUAAUGUUGGGCCUGGGAGAAUCAGACGACGAGUUGAAGCAAGCUAUGGCUGAUUUAAGGGCUAUAGAUGUUGAUAUAUUGACACUUGGACAAUAUUUACAGCCAACUCCAUUGCAUUUGACGGUCAAAGAAUAUGUUGUCCCUGAGAAAUUUGUUUUCUGGAAGGAAUAUGGGGAGUCUAUUGGAUUUCGUUAUGUAGCCAGUGGGCCCUUGGUCCGGUCCUCAUAUAGGGCGGGGGAGCUGUUUGUUAAGACAAUGGUCAGGGAAAGGGUUAAGGGCUCUACUGGCAUAUUUUAGCAACUUUUAUGGACUCCCAUUUUAAUGGCUACCGAAGCAACAAGAAUUUAGUGGCAUGAACAGCUGAAAAUAGGGCAAAUUUGUAGUUGCAAUGAGCCAAUGACCAUAAUUUUUUUUUUUAGGUUCUGAGUUUCAUAGGUUUGCUAUAGAAGUAUCUGUUCAAUUGAGAAUGUUGAUGUGCCGUGCCGCAAUCAUUUGUUUGUGAACAUAAUUACUUUUGCGUUCAAGUUACAGUCAAUUGACCCCAAUAAUUCUUUUUAUUUCCCAAAA